AGCCAUUUGACUCAAGCUGCGGUUUGACUCGCCUUUAGCCUUUGGCCAUGUGUUAGACCCAUGGAGUCCCCAUGGGCUGCCAGCAGCUCUGAGAGAGAGCCGAACGCCGAUCGGCUUCAGCUCAAUGUGCGGGGCCUGGAGAACGAGCACGGGGCCAACCACUGUUUCCUGAACGUGGUGAUCCAAGCCUUUUGGAACCUGCGGUCCUUUAGGAGACGACUGCUGGAUGCAGAGGCAGAUGAUCAUUCGCAUGCUCGCGACUCAGGCUGCUGCUACUGUGCCCUGAAGUCUCUCUUCCAGGAGCAGUUGGGUUCCCGUCCGUUUCCGUGUGGCUUCCGGAAGCCAAGGCCUCCGGAAGCCGAAGCGCUUUGCAAGCGAAGCAGGUGGCAGGAAACAGGUGGUCCCCACCAAAGAGCCAAACUGGUGGUUGGCCCAACCGAGUAUGCCGUGUCUACAAACUCCACGGACACGCUCCCCCCGGACUGCCUCCGCGAGGCGCUGAGCGGCGUCUAUGACGAACGCCGCUUCAAGCUCGGGGACAUGGAGGAUGCCACGGAGACCAUCGAGACGAUCCUGGGCAUCCUGCACGCCAGCAACCUCACGGAGGCCGAGAAUCUCGGCGCGUCGCCCAUCUCCCACCACAUCGUGGAGCAGGCAGGCGAUGUGGGGUGCCACCCCUUGUGCCUGGCACAUGAAGUCUUUGGCUUGGAGUACGUGGAUGUGCUGCGGUGCACCUUCUGCGGUGCCAAUGGGGAGCCCUCCGUGUCGAGCUCCUACUUGUACACAGCCUAUGUCUCGGAGCUUCUUCAAAGCCCGCAGCCGAAGAAUCUUCAUGAGAUGCUCAAGGAGCUCUGCCAGCAGAGCCUUCCUACCAGGAAGUGCUUGGAGUGCAACUCCCGGAAGACCGUGGUCUCAGAGCGGUGGCUCACCAGAAGCCCCUGCACCUUCAUCUUGUCCCUGGUCUGGCCCUCCUCCACCCCAGGCAAGGACGCCAUUUGGGUGGUGCUGUCCAUGAUCCAGCCGCAGCUUCGCAUGGACCAGAUCUUUCACACAGAGACCUCUGCAAGCUCCAAGACGGAUGGGGUCUACAGCUUCCACGGGAUGAUCUGCUACUGCGGCAUGCACUACGUGGCUUUGUUCUGGUGCCCCGGCAGGAGGCGCUGGGUCUUUCUGGAUGACACCUGCGUCCAGGAGAAGGAGGACUGGACCUCGGCCACCCGGUUUCUGAUGUCCGGGCACUACCUCCCCACGCUAAUCUUCUACGAGAGCUCGGAGGAAGCGGCCCUGGCCGAGUCCUUGGAGGAGCUCAAGCGACAGGUGAAUGGGCUUGAAGAACAGUCUUCCUGCGCAGCCAUGUGAGAGGCAGAGAUUAGCUGAAUCGCUGGAGCCAGCCUUUGCAAAGCUUGAGGGCUGGCUAGCUGGGCAGAUCAAUACACUGAGUACACUGCCCGCCGAGUUGAGAG